GAUGGACAAUCAAAUCUUCACACCCACCUCUAGAUACACUCGCAUUUUUUCAUUUCGUAGUUCUACUUCUACUCUAAAAUAGAUAGCUAGACGGACUCUCGCGGCUCACAAAUCAUAGAGACUUUUCGUGAAAUACUAGCAAUAGUUUAACAGUAAAUCUGAAAUUCAACAUGGAGUCCCCUCCAGAUCCAGCAAGCGACCCGGGCAACAGCGCCUCUGAGCCGGCUACACCGGCCAGGGAAACCCCGGUAAACCUAGAGACGCUCCGAAAAGCGGACCAUCCAGCCCCUGUUCGAAGGCAGACCUGUUCAAGUACCAACAGAGGUGGACUCACGAACAAGCAAGGUCUUUCAGUAACAAAGAAGACACAUACCUCUCAAAUCGAAAUAAUUCCCUGCAAGAUCUGUGGAGACAAAUCAUCCGGCAUCCAUUACGGUGUGAUAACAUGUGAGGGCUGUAAGGGCUUCUUCAGGAGGAGUCAGCAGAGCAAUGCGGCUUACUCAUGCCCCCGUCAGAAGAACUGCCUGAUCGACCGCACCAGCCGCAAUCGCUGCCAGCACUGCCGGCUGCAGAAAUGUCUGGCAGUGGGCAUGUCAAGGGACGCGGUGAAGUUUGGGCGCAUGUCGAAGAAGCAGCGGGACAGCCUGUAUGCGGAGGUGCAGAAACACCGGCUGCAGCAGGCGCAGCGUGACCACCAGCAGCAGCCCGGCGAGGCCGAGCCGCUCACACCCACCUACGGCCUCUCGGCCAAUGGCCUCACAGAGCUCCAUGACGACCUCAGUGGCUACAUGGAUGGCCACACCCCUGACGGCAGCAAGCCCGACUCAGCAGUCAGCAGCUUCUACCUGGACAUCCAGCCCUCCCCUGACCAGUCCGGCCUGGACAUCAACGGCAUCAAGCCCGAGCCCAUCUGCGACUUCGCCCCCGGCUCAGGCUUCUUCCCCUACUGCUCCUUUACCAACGGAGAGACAUCCCCCACUGUGUCCAUGGCUGAGCUAGAGCACCUGGCCCAGAACAUCUCCAAGUCUCACAUGGAGACGUGUCAGUACCUGAGAGAGGAGCUGCAGCAGAUGACCUGGCAGGCCUUCCUGCAGGAGGAGAUGGAGAGCUACCAGACCAAGCCCCGAGAGGUCAUGUGGCAGCUGUGUGCUAUCAAAAUCACAGAGGCCAUCCAGUACGUGGUGGAGUUUGCCAAGCGGAUCGACGGCUUCAUGGAGCUGUGUCAGAACGAUCAGAUAGUGCUGCUGAAAGCAGGCUCUUUGGAGGUUGUGUUUGUGAGAAUGUGCCGUGCCUUCGACUCUCAAAACAACACAGUCUAUUUCGAUGGAAAGUAUGCUGGGCCUGAUGUGUUUAAGUCAUUAGGCUGUGACGACUUGAUCAGCUCCGUCUUCGAGUUUGGGAAGAACUUGUGUUCUAUGCACCUGUCUGAGGAUGAGAUUGCCCUGUUCUCCGCGUUCGUGUUGAUGUCUGCAGACCGGUCCUGGCUCCAGGAGAAGGUGAAGGUGGAGAAACUCCAGCAGAAGAUCCAGCUGGCACUGCAGCAUGUCCUGCAGAAGAAUCACAGAGAGGACGGCAUACUUACCAAGUUGAUAUGCAAGGUGUCAACACUGCGAGCGCUGUGCAGCAGGCAUACAGAGAAGCUGACGGCUUUCAAAGCAAUAUACCCAGACAUUGUGCGUGCCCACUUUCCCCCCUUAUAUAAGGAGCUCUUUGGAUCGGACUUUGAGCAGUCCAUGCCCGUUGACGGGUAGCCAGCAGCCUUGCCAGGUGCCAGCGUGGCCACCGUGGGGAAUGUCAUGGGAAGCAUGAAUCUGAGACACUUUAACGGUGCCCUGCACAAACCAGGACGGCCGGCACGCUGCACACUUUUCUUUCUUUUUUUUUCUUGAGGGGAGGGUUGUGGGUGUUUGAUUCUCUCCAUUUAUUUCAUUGGGAUUAGUUGUCUCUGUUUGGAACCCAGGUGGGACUCUAAGCCCAAGGGACAUGAAGAGAAGUUGGAGACAAUGCUUUCUCUCUGGAUGAACUUGACCCUCUCAUGCACAUCAUUCCAGCAUGUUCCCAGGAUGUCUCUCACUGAUUAGCACUCAUUGUUUUGACUUGUUUCUACAAAACAGAAUUUACUGUAUUGAGAAAAUGAUAUUGAAUUUGGCUAUGCACAUGCAAACCUAAAAAUCUCCUCAGCACCAAUGAUCUGGCUCUCCACCUCCCCUCAGGAGCUCAAAUGUCCAAUGUCUUAUUGCAUUGGAAAACAGAUCCAUGUUAAUAUGUAUUUGUUAUUAAACCUAUACUGUAUCAUAUACCCUAAUGAAGAUAGCUGUGAUAGCAUUAAUCCUUGGUAAAGAUUAUGUUAGAAUCUCCUAAUGGAAAUGUAUUGCUGCUAAUGUGCAUGUCUUGGUCAAGUUCAGCCCCUGUUCUCCUGUGUUCAGUUGUAUGUUUGGAAUGCAGUGCUUAGAAUGAAAACUCGCAGUGACUUUGGGCGAGGCUCCGUCUGUGUGGCAAUGUAAACGGCACCUCUCUAUGGACAAUCGUCUAAAAAGAAAAGUAGAAUUCUGGUAAUUCUAGUCAAAAGGCAAUGAUUUUAGCUGUCAAAGACUCCAUCCAUCAUGUUUGCUUAGUGAAAUCAUGCAAGGCCAUCUGCUAUUGAACCUUGUGUGGACAGAUGCCCGGGAGAAACAUAGGGCACCGCCACAACGAUAAGGGUCCAUCCCACCUGUUUUAUAAUAUACUACAGGGUAUACGGUCAUAAGUACUUACUAUACAAAAAAAAGUAAUGUUUAUAGAUUCUAUUUUAAAUAACAUGUAUGAAAUUAGUAGUCCGACUAUUCUUAAUUGUUGAAUUGAUAAGGCACUUUUAUUUGCACCUUUCUUUAAUUUAAGACUUGUAUAUUACCUAGUGAUGUGUUGCAUGUGCACAAGAAAUACAAGUUGAACCAUGGUCACAGAGGCUAGUCCUUAGAGCUGCAGACACUGCUGGUCUGGGUGGGGUUGGUUUGUUUAGGUUGGGUUAGUUUGGUUAGGUUGGGUUUGCCUGUGAGAUGGCUAGCAUGGUAUGGUCUGGAGAGGCAGGCAGGUCACAUUCACCCCAUCACCUAUUAGCAUAACACCCCCGACACACAUGCAUACAAUCUCAAACAAAAGCACACAUGAACCUGGCACUCAACAUGUUUUCUCGUUUGUGCUCAGUCCAACGUCUCCAUCUAGUGGAGAGUAGCGACACAGCAGGCCAGGUGAUGGAGGUCUUCAGAAAUAGAAUGCCUAUUAGAGAGCAGUCCACACACAUCCCUCUCUGACCAGCUGUUGACCCAUCUUGUUAGCCUCACACAUAAGCAUGUUUGUGGAGGAGUGAUUGUGACUGUCUCUUCCCUAAGGCCUCAGCCCAGCUAUGACAUUUGUUAUGGGACAGAAAAGGAAAGGGGAAGAAGGAAUUGUAAUAUUCAAAGCCUUGUCUGGUAGUAAAGCUUCUAUUUUUGUAACAUGUAUAGUGAAUUAAACUCAUGAAAGAGAGGGGGAGAGAAAGAGAAUUCAGGCAGCACUUACUAUAUUCCCGCAAUAAUUAGAGAAGCUGUUGUUUGUAGUGUAUGACUAGGAAAGAAACAUGACAAUGGUAGAACAAGUGCUAUCGUCAAUGCUUCGUUGUCGUGGUUCUGUUUUUUUUAGUGUGUCUUUCUUGUCAGUGUGGUAGAGAAGCAGUAGUAAAAACCCUGGAUGUGCCAUACAGUAGUUUCUGCUCCUGCGUUGCCGGUCUACCUGUCCAUAAUAUAGAAUGGAUUGAUCUGACAUUCCAAAAAACUCAGUGGUGGCUUGUAUAGAAUUCCCAUUAUAAUCCUGAUAUCCCUUUAGAUUACCCAACACAGCAUGGUUACAGUUUUGACACAACCCUUACCAUAGUGGUUUGGUUUGUUUUUCUGUUUGCACACGAUGAUUCCUCUGCCGUGCAAUUUGUACAAGACAGAAAGUCUUGUGCUGUCACCCCUCAGGGAAGAGUUAUUUUACGCUUUCUGUUUGAAAUUGUUUCUGUUGUGUUGUUGGUCCUCAUUAGGUAUAGUUCAUGUGUUGUUCAGGGAUGUUCGAUAAUAAGUGGUUAGGAAGAACAUGUGAAAUUCAUUGCUGAGUAGUAUUUCCCAUUGCUGAUGUACAGUACUUUAGGAGCUGUUGGCUAAGCACCAGAAAUCCUAACUAUGCCCUAGAAGUCAAGCUCAUAAUAAAAACAAACUUUAUUUUCCCAUGUUUACAGUCAGUUCUCCCAUUGGCCAUACAGAAUAUGUUUUAUUUCAUAUGCAGUUUAUUUAUAUUGCAUACAAUUCCAAUAAUAACAUACUACAUUUGGACUAAAAUGGUGUCACCAGGGUCAAUGUCACCAACUUAUGAUUUGAUUACCCUCUUUGUUAGAUAAACCAAAUAUACUUACGCAAUAUUAAAUAUUUCUUCUUUAGGCUGUAUUAAUGCUGUACCUAAGUAAUAAUCUCUGUAAUGGUCCAAUGUUAUUUUGAUAUGUAUUGGCCUAGGUGGCCAGCAGUAGCCUCAGACUACUAACCAGUGAAACCCAGUCUGUCUCAACCAGUGAUUGACAAUCCAGGUGACAGCGGGCCUGGCCUGUGGCCCAGUGGGAGAGAUAUGGAUGCUCAGGGAGUUAACAGACAGACAGAAAAAGACAGACAGACAGACAGACAGACAGACAGACAGACAGACAGACAGACAGACAGACAGACAGACAGACAGACAGACAGACAGACAGACAGACAGACAGACAGACAGACAGACAGACAGACAGACAGACAGACAGACAGACAGACAGGGGAAGCAACAUAUUCUCAGCCAAGAACUAUGUGGUAGCUUUGUGUAACUAUUACGGGUUUCUGCCGGGAAGCCACUAGAGUGGAAUCCCAUUUCCUGAAACACAGAUGUCAUUCUCUGUCUCUAUAUCGAUCAAACUGGUCCUAAAUUAAAGGUCUCUUUGUCAAGCAAUUGCAGCAUCAACCCAGAACAAAAAGCAGUCAUUUCUUACCACUUUCUGUUCACUGUGUUGUUAUGUCCUUCUUGUCUUUGUUCCGUGUACAGUUUGUUAGCAGUAUUGAUUAGACAAUGGGGAUAAAUCAGAGGCAUUGGAUCCUUUGUGUCUGUGACACUUUCAACAAACAUCUCUGCACCCACAUGGUGUGGGGGGAUAAGUCAUCAUGCAUGCUGUCAUUUGAGACAUGUUUCACAAAGGAUCACUGAGUCUGCUAGUCUAUCAAUGUAAAUAACACCUUAUGCUCCUUCUGUCUCUGCUCUCUGUGGCACUCGUGUAAACAAGCAAUAGUGUGCGUGUGUGUAAGUGUGUUUGUUUACUCACUGUGUGCAUAAGACAAACCCCAGACAAGGCUUUUUAAUAAACUAAGAGGAACAGGGUUGUGUGGAUGAGGAGUCUGUUAAGGCUUAGUGUUCCCUGGAUUUGAAAGGUUUCGGUAACACUGAGAAUGAUCCAUCCCAUAUAGCGCUCAAGUGUUAUAAGCAUGACAUAAUGCCUCGAUACAAUUUAUAGUCCUUCAAAGCGCGCUGGACCAAAUGACUAACCACUCAGUCGUAUGUGUUCAGUGCAGAAUAAUUGUUAUGAAAAGAGACAGCAAACAACUCACCAUCCUGCUUGUCAUACGUGUUAUGUUGAUGCUUUGACUGUCUGAGGCAUGGGACUCCUAUUUAUUUGCCAUUGAAUAUAGAUUGUAAUGAUAGGUGUAAUGUCAUGUUUACAACUGUGCCGUCUUUUGAAGUUUUAAGGUGUUACCCAGAUCUGUCAGUCAAUUUCAUAGCAUUUGAACAAUACUCUCAUCUUCCAAAGCACAUCUGAUACAGUUUUAAGAUAACAAUACAUUUUAGAAUAUAGUCAAAAAAACGAACAAAAAUGUUUUUGAAAAAAAAAGAAAUUCUAGCCAUAAACGAAUGUCAAGCAAUAAUAUAUGUGGUGUAUUAUUUGUUAUUUUGUGCUUAGGCUUUGGACAUCUGCAUGUAAAUACACCUCUAAUUUAUCACUUUUGGUUUUAAUUUGUGUUAUUUUGUUCUGGUUGUUAUUGUUUCGUCUGUAUAUUUGACUGGUUCUGUUCCCAGGUGGAGGGUAACAACCACAUAUGGCCUGGCCUGUAUAUAUUCAUUUCUCUCUCUUUCUCUCUCCCUCAUCCUCUGCUUUUAAUCCACAAUAUUUAAUGUUAUUAUUGAUCACAUGUAUAAAGAUAACUUUGUAACUUCAUUCUGUAUAGGUAAGAAGAAAAUACUGCUACUAAGGCCUACUCAGUGCAAAUAUGUAUCAGUUUAUCAAAUACACCAUGCUGUACAAUAUCUCUGUUUUUAGUAUGCUUCUCUCCUUUAGAAUUAGUUUGAUAGUGGUAGGGUGUGCCAACAUUUAUUUUGUGUUAUCCUGAUGUGUGGUGCUUGUGGACAAUGUCCUGAUUCCUUGACUAGGCAACCCUAUUAGUUCAUUAAUUUCAUUGAGUAUUGGUGCAUUAUUUGAUAUUAGGACUCAAUAAAUAAUCAUGACAAUGAUAAUGAUUAUGAUAGUGGUAAAUUUACUUCAAUACCCAGCCAGUACCUGUAUCAGUGUGCUAGUCCUGGGAUAAGGCUCUUAUUUCCUUCUCACUUUAAAAUGAUUAGUGAAUCCAGUAUCUGCUAAUUAACAGGUUAUUUAAGGUUGCUUUUCUGAUUUCUGAAAAAAAUCAUCUGCAGGCUGAAACAGCAGUAUUGUGUUUUUAUUUGUUCUGAUUGUAAAAACCACUUGCUGAAGCUGUAGCUGGUCAUACUGGCAAAUGCUGAGUAUUUACCUUUAGCUGUAUAGUACUUUACUUAAAAGUACUGUGCAAUUGUCCAUUUAACAUUGUCAUUUUAUAGCUUCUUUAUUUCAAAGUUAGACUGCCCUGAAACAUUAGUUUCUUGAGACCAGCUUAGAACUUUGGCACCACAGUUGGUGCUAUUAUUAAAAAUGUACAUGAAAAAUAUCACCAUUAGAGGUUACAAGUUUGUUUUAACCUUUUUCUUUUCACUCUGUAGCAAAUAUCAGCCAGUAUAUGCUUGCAAUAAUACACAAUGUACUACACUGAGUGCCUCUCAGUGUUACAUGAUGCAUAAAUGGUACAAUUUGUUUUGUUUUCCAAACAUGUACUCAACUGACAAUGUAUUUGCACAAGUAGGUGAACUCUGUCACUCAUGUGUUUCAACGUUUUUCAUAUUCUGUCAUUAUAAGUACUAGAUAAUUUCCUUGUUUAUUUAAGGCACCAUGAUAGAUAUUACAGUUAAUAGAAAUAAGUUUCUCCCUCUUAUCUGAGUAGCGUAACUGGGAAGGAUGUAAUGUAAAAUGGUCAAAUCGAUGAUUUACAUUCUGGCUGACAAUAUUGCAUAAAAGAUGACCUGCUGAACCAGGUUCUGGAUUUUACAAAAGAAUGGACAAUCCACAUAGAUGUUUUUUACUUUGUUUUAUGAUCAUAACAUUUUGAUUUCUUUAUUGAGAACAGAAAAUUGACUAAUGCAUUGUAUUUCAACUAUUCAUAUGUGUAUGAAAAAUAUGCAUACAACACAUCUGAAUUUCUUUAAUGUUCUGUGUUUAAUGUGAGCUCAAGGGGUUGGGGUAACUUAAUAUGAGGGUGGAGUGUGGGUGGGAUAUUGCUUCAUGCAAAAGAAGUAUGAACUGUGGGGGGAAAAAAGACGAAACCAGUGUGUGGUUGUCACAAAUUUUUAAGUCACAUGUUUGCUACUGAUCUUACAAUGGGAACAGAUGAUCAUGUACCUUUUUAUCCAGCUCUUUUGAACUCUCUUUAGCAGGUAGUCUAUUCACAAAAGUAGUCUUGCUCCUUCUUGUCUGAUUCUUAAAUAUGGAAAUACGUAUUUUGAUUCAUUUUGUAAAUACAGCUGUAAAGAAAAAUAAGAAAUGUAAUGUUGUCUUUUAAAUACUUUCCAUUCUAAUAUGAAUGUUGUUAUAUUGUACUUAGAAACUGUACCUUUAAUAUUACCUUUAUUAAAAGUGCAUUGGACACAUCGAUUUUAGAUGUGCUUUAUGUGCUGUUAUCCCAUAAUAAAAUUUACCGCUUGUAA